AUGGCAAGUGUACAAAGGGUAACAGAUGCAAAUUCUGGCAUUGGUGUGGUGUCUGCGGCGGCAGACAUCAACAGAGAAAUCGGUCAGAACACCCCAAACCCGAACACCAGCAACUACCUGGAUAAGGUGCAUCUCAAAAUCAAUCCACUUUCACCAGCUACAACAAAGUCAGUAGAUGGAAAUAUGGUGGCCUUUCAAGGAAUGGUCCUCAAGGACAAGGAUGACAAAACAACUGUGGCAAUAUGGGAAGACAUGGUAAACACCAUAGAAAAGGGGCAAAUUUUGCAGUUAACCAAGUGUAAAGUUCGACUGUUUAAUGACGAGAAGCGCCUGACUACUACUCGGGGAUCACUUUGUGAGAAAUACAGCCAGUAUGGAACCCUGCAGAAUAUCUCAUCCGAAGAUGACGAUGAUGAUGAGAAUCUGAGCAGUUCUGUAGGCAAAUUGCAAAACGGAUCACUCUGUGCUGUGUACGAUAUUGAUCCUUAUCUUUCUUGCCCCUACCCAGGGUGCAACAAGAAACUAUCCACAAUAAAAUGUGAUGACCAAUACAAAAUGUUCUGUUGCUCAUGCAAAGUUACAUACACAGCCAGCAGCUGCAAUCAUUAUUUACGAGUAACCAUGAUGUUUGAAUCAGUCCAAGGAGCAUCAUCUUUCCCAACUGCAACGAAAGUCACAUUAUUCAAACCUGAACUGGACAAGAUUCUGAUUGCCAAUGGCAUUACAACCGAACCAAAUUAUAAACAAUUGUUAACAUUUUACUAA